AUGCUGUUCAGUUUAACAUCUCCAUUGACUAUACAGUGAGUGAAGCACAAAGAUUUCCUGUAGACUAUUACCUCAUAUCAUACCACAUAAAAAUGAGCCAGUUUAUUCAAGGUCAGCAGUUCAAUCCUGAAGGGAUCACCCAGACCCAAAAAUCAAGGACUGUAAUCUAUUUCUUAAAUAAUUGCUCACUUCAAAGUAAUAUUCUGGAUGAAAAAGAACAAAAAAACCCACGAGGCCAUAAUUUCACAGUAGUGGUGAAUGGGUUGUUCUUUGAAGAAUUGGAUAUAUAUGUCUACAAAAUAAGGACUGAAGAUCGUGAGUUUAACUUUACAACAGAACCAAACAUCAACAGCACAAAGAAGAGAAUAUGGUACCUUGUGGUUAUAAAAUAUUGGGAGUUGUCGAUAUCCUGUAUUCUGAUGAUUCUAACCGUUAUUUUCUCAAUAACAUCUGCCAUAUACUGGUGCUACAAAGGUAAUUAAAGAAAGGAAAAAACAAAAAAGUAACAA